AUGGCUGCCCUGAACUGGCUGACGUUGGCGCUGGAGUCGUACCGAGGCCGGGACCGCCUGAUCCAUACCCUGGGGUACUGCUGCCAACUGGUUGGUGGGAUCCUGGUGGAACAAUAUCCAGCCAGGUCAGAAGUGGGGACACGCUUACUGGUACUGUCCUCCCAACUCAGCUGCUGUAGGACCGUCCUUUGACUCUUUGAUGACUUGGCCAUGUUUAUGUACACUAAGCAGUAUGGCCUGGGGUCAGAGGAGGGGGACAUGUUGGUCCAAUGUGUGUCUGUCCUGGGCAACCUGGCUGAUCAGCUAUACUACCCCUGCGAGCACAUCGCCUGGGCUGCUGAUACCAAGAUCCUCCACAUGGACUCUGCCCGGUGGUGGAUGCUGAGCAUGAUUUUCUGGGGCCUCUCCCUGCUUCUGGGGAUUGCCAAGUCCCUGUGGGUGGUCCUGAAGCUGAGACAUCAGCUGAGGAGCCCUACAGUGGCCUUCACCAGCCAGCUGUCCUGGAGCAAGCGGAGGGCCAUGGAGGCCCAGAUUCAGUCAGAGCUGUUGAUUCUUCUGAGCAACCUGGCAGAUCUGGCCGAUGCUGUGCACUGGCUGCCUGCAGGUGUCCUCUGGGCAGGCCGCAUCCCCCCGUGGCUGGUGGGCCUCCUGGGCACCAUCUCCUCUCUCCUCAGUGUGUACCAGGCAGUCCGAACCAGUGGCUAG